AUGGCCUCCGAAAUCGACAUCUUCAACGAAUACCCCCUCCACCUAGACCCAACCUCAAAAGCCAUCUCCCUCCUCCCCUCAACCUCCCAAUCAACCACCCAAAAAGCCGCCAUAACCACCGAACUCCAAGAACUCAACGCCCUGCACCGCUCCCUCCUCAGCCUCGACCCACCCAACACACCCCCCGCCCCUCUCCCCGUGAACCCCAAGCGCAGCGCCCAAAUUACCAAGCUCCGCGACUCCGGCAACGCCGCCUAUCGCAAGUCCAACUACGCCGAGGCCAUUCGGCUGUACACGUAUGCCAUUGAGAUGGCGCUUUCGCGUCCGGGCUGGGAACCUGUGACGCUGGCAAGGGAGGAGUUGGCCGGUCUUUAUGGCAACCGCGCUCAGGCGCAUGUUGGUGUGCAGGCGUGGCCGGAGGGAUUGUGCGAUGCGAAGGCUAGUGUUGAUUCGAAGCCGGUGGGGAAUGUUAAGGCUUGGUGGAGGCUGGCGAAGUGCUUGGCGGAGAUGAGUCGGUAUGCGGAAGCGAAGACGUUCUUGUUGAAGGGGAUUGAGAUUGAGGGGAGAGUUAGUGAUGGGGGGAAGGAGUUGGUGCAGUUGUUGGAGGAUGUUGAGGCUGCGUUGCAGCGGAUGGGUUAG